AAUAACGGUUUAAAAUAAUGAUAAAUUCAUUUAGUAAAACGAUUUUUUUCUUAAGAAUAUAUUUGAACAUUAAUAUAUUUGAAGCUUAAAGAACAAUAAGUUUUUUGACUCAAAUAAAAAGUGAUUUGGCGGUGAGUUCUCAGCAGAAAGUCAUCGUAUUUGGUGAAAGAUUGUUAUCAAACACAAGAAGAGCUUGCAAAAUAUUUGUGAGUCACUCAAGUAACCAUUUCAAAACAGCAAAAAUUUGAUUUUAGACACGAGGCAACAAAUUUCCAUCUUGAAAACGCUUAGACUUAUGUUGCAUCAGCAAAACAGAGAAUCAAAAUUUUGCUUGUUUCAUUAAUCGAACCUGCGCAGUUCUUUUGGGAUCGUUAAUUGCUAUAAAGGAAUUUCUUUAAUUGGUCAAAAUUCUGGCCUCGUUUACUUUUAAGACUGAAGAUUGGGGGAAUAUUUCUACUACUGCAAUCUAAAACCACGGCGAUCCGAUAUUCAUAUCGUCUGAUUUAUCUUUUUAGCCUAGUAGUGGAGACACUUAAAGCCUCACUCACCACUUGAGUUUGCCUAAAUCAGCGACGGAUUCAGAGGGGGAAAUGGGGGAAAUUUCGAUCGAUCUGGCAAAGGCAUCAAAUGUGAUAGAUACCCUUCUUGUAAUGUUCCGAAAUCGAAGACAAAAAGCUGAGGAACAUUUACGAUACGGCAGAAAUAAAACUUGACGAAGAAAAACUAAGAGUCUGCGGCCGACAAACAAAACGCGAAAAUUUCUGCGUGAGAACUUGCGAAUAAUACUACAGGGUCCCAGUGUACAUUCCUCUGUUGGAUACAAUCGGUGAAGAUUUGAAGACGCGCUUUUCUAGAGAAGUAUUGGAUGGAUUUCAACUGAGUUUGUUGCUCCCAAAAAAGAUUUCAUCAUAGUACACAAUCUACCGGUUAUUGUGAAAAAUGCGAGGGCGCAGUCAUACCACACCUCGUCGUCGUGGUCCUAAACUGCCACUACCAGAACCAUGUCGAGGAAGCUAUGAAGAGGUCUCAGAGUCACCUUACUAUACUAUUGAUAAUACGGAAGAUAUUUAUGGCACAACCCUCUUGCCGUCGCAGCGCUGUUAUGUGGAUCCAUGGGAUUUGGAGAAUUACGACUAUGUCAGAAAAAAGCUGGAUUCAACGCCAGUACGUAGUUCCCCUGAGUCUUACUAUGAAACAUCGAUGCCGAUUGGCCCCUAUUAUAGUGCACCGCCAAAAAUGCAUGAGGAGAUACCGGUGGCACAACAAAAGCGCAUGGCCAAAACUAUGCCACGUAAUCGACGUCGUUCCCAUUGGAACCAGUCAUGUCAGCUGCGUUGUUGCACAUCAUCAGAACCAAUGUUACGUCCAUAUCGGAAUGAAGAUACUCGAAGUGAACUUUUGGGUGUUGGUCGUGGCAAAUACGAAGAUUAUAUGUCGCGCGUUAUGAUGAAUCUAGAAGCCGAAGAGGAUGCAUACAAUGGUUAUGGGGGCGUUUCAUCAUCAUCUUCCACGGAGUUGGAUAGCUCUAUUGGUGAAGGAUAUUAUCAAACACCGUCAAUAACUUCGUACAAAACUUCUGGCUACGAUGCCGUAACAUUACCAUCAUAUGGCCGACCAUCACCCCAAUUGCAGUUCCCAGCGCCUCCUUCACUUCCACCACCAACCUUCUCGCAUGAUUACUCCAAUCCUUAUGCAACUCUACCACAUUGUAGCGUUUCUGAUUGUUAUGGUUGCUCUAUGAUCUAUGGCUCUCCACAACCUGUAUAUGAUUUAUACAGUGGUAACGGAGAGUGCAGCAAUAAAGGAAGUACGAUUUACACCAGCAGAAGACCGUCCUCUUCACUCUACAGCGGAAUUUACGGGCAUAAAUUCGGGUUGAGUAAAAAGGGACUUCUGCAAAUUGACUACUCCUGCAGUUGGAAUGAUCUGGAUCGUAUUAUGAGCCGCCAUUUCUAAAUAUGCAUAUGAACCGCUUCGAAAAGAGCAAACUUAUUAUAACUAUUCAUUGCAUUGAGAUAUUAAUCUUAUUAUCGUUAAUGUUGUGCAAGUAAUAUACAUAUACAUAUACAAUAUAUUGUAUGUUGUAUAUAUAGUAUAUCUUAUAUUUACACUGUUUUAUUAUUAUAAAAAUAUUUUAUAUUGAUAGAUGAAUAUUUCUUAGUAAGUCAUAAAUUACCAAAAAAAUAAAUACAUAUAUUCAUACUAUACUAUUUAAUAAACUAAUUGAUACAACGAAAACUUUAUUGCACGUAUAAAAAUCCAAGAGAUUGUACAUAGUUUAUCAAUUUGAAAAUGAUUGAUACAAAUAUUUGUCAAUGGUAAAAACAUUUAAAUUUCCAUUCGGUAUUUUAUUGAAAAUAUAUAAAAACUAUUUUUUUGGAUUAUUUGAAA